UCCCAUAGGGACAUGAACGCUGCAUUGCAUUCCGCAGCGCGGAGGGGUGGCCGUUUACUGGCAGUCGGCGAGAACAAAAAAAAUAUCAAAUUGGGGAAGAACCUGCGGAAAAAAAACACAUAAUUGUAUAGGAACACAGCGAGGAUUAAAACUUUGAUUGUGAGCGAUAGCUAUCCCAAUAAUCCAGCGUUUCAGUCAGCCUCCGCUCCCGGUCCAAGCCAGAGAUGACCACUGAGAAGACUAAAUACAGUCCCACUUCUCAGGGGGAUCCCUUUCCACCCUUUCCCCCUGGGCAGCCUGCAUUACCGACCACAUUUGACAUGAGCACGCCAGACCCAAAACUGCUUGGAGGCCCUGCUGCUGGUGGUCUCCCUUUCCCUCCACCGACUGCUUUUGGACCGGGUGUGCCUGGAGCUUUUGGGGUGGCCACGAACCCCCAUGGCGUCAGUCCGUCUUCUUUACCAUAUUCUCCACCAGGCCAGGGCUUUAAUGGCAACUUUGAUAAUGAUGUUUACCCUAACCAGGAGGAUCCGCCACCCUUCCAUGACAAUCAAGACUUUGAUUUUGGAUUAGAUAACAAGAGCAUAAGAAGAGCCUUUAUUCGAAAGGUAUUCUUGGUGUUAACUUCUCAACUGAUGGUGACAUUUGCCUUUGUGGCUGUUUUCACCUUCGUGAAAGAAGUCAAGGCAUUUCUCCUGGUGAACACCUGGACCUACUUGGUGUCCUAUGCUGUGUUUUUUGUGUCAGUUUGUGUGAUCAGCUGCUGUGGAAACCUUCGCCGAAGACAUCCUUGGAACCUGGUUGCACUGUCCAUCCUGACUCUCAGUAUGUCCUACAUGGUGGGAAUGAUCGCCAGCUUCCAUGAAACUGACUCUGUGAUCAUGGCAUUGGGCAUCACAGCAGUUGUGUGCUUUACAGUGGUCCUCUUCUCACUGCAGACCAAGUACGACUUCACUUCCUGUCACGGCGUGCUUUUCGUCUGUUUAAUUGUCCUGAUCUUCUUCGGCAUCCUCUGCAUCAUCAUCCGUGACAGAAUUCUGCACAUUGUGUAUGCUGGUCUGGGAGCAUUGCUCUUUACCUGUUUCUUGGCGGUUGACACGCAGCUGCUGCUUGGCAACAAGGAACUGGCCCUGAGUCCAGAAGAAUACGUCUUUGCUGCUCUUACCCUGUACACAGAUAUCAUCAACGUUUUCCUCUAUAUUCUUGCUAUCCUUGGAAGAGCAAGGGGGGGCUGACCAGGAGGAACUACUGAUAAAAAUUUAGAAAGACAUUGUUUUGAGUUCAUGUAUAAAAGUGAAUUCCCAUAAUCUUGAUUUUUAUUUUGUAUUGUAGUGUGCAGCGAUCACAUAGUUUAAGAUUUAUUUGCUUCACCCUGUGGAAAUGUUAUUUUUUAUGAUAUAGAUGUGUAUGUUGUAGUUAAGCGGUAUAUGUCCUAUGGCACAAAACUUCGUCUUGGUUUAGAGAAUUAUUUCUUAGGCCAUACGAAAAGUCCACUUACUUGCUUUUUCCCGAGCUUUCACCUGUAUCACACAGUCUUCAUCAACAGGAGGAGCUUCCUCAGUUUUCAUGGAGAUGAAUCUUUCUACAAGCAAGCACAGUAGCAGUUAAGAUUUCAUCCAUUGCAUCUUUAGGACAUCUCUUCCGGGUUGGCUUCUUCAGUGGAUGAAGACCUUGUAAUAUGGUUAAAAACACAAAAGCUAGUAAGUGGACCUUGAGUCGGGAUUGUUUUGUCAAACUACUAUUUCCACGGUAAAAGAUAACUUUUAAUAGUUAAAUAUAAAGUUUCUUUUCAAA